CCCGCCCUAAUGACGCUAUAGCUAGUAGAAACGCCUUCUAGGUGCGUUUUUUACGCUGCUAGCACGCGAGGAGAAAGCAGAGACAAUCAGCUCACACCAAAGACUCCCAAUAAGACUUACACUAACUCCCAUCUCCAGAAAGCACAAUGGCAGAAGAAAAGAUCUCAAUAGAAGAUGUAAAGACGUCCAACGGUGAAGCGCACCUGGAUGACCCGACCAUCGCCAACGGCUUGAGUGAGCACAAGAGGAGCUCGCCGGAGACCAGAGGGCAGAAGCUGAAACGCUUCGCCAUGGCCAAUCUGCUGGUCAUCCUGACGGUGUCUGCGGUCAUCGUCGGCGUCUUCAUCGGGCUCGGCGUGCGAAGCGCUGGGUUGAGCCGCACGCAGAUCCUUUACUUCGGAUUCCCCGGCGAGCUCCUCAUCCGCCUGCUCAAGAUGAUCAUCAUUCCUCUGGUGGUCUGCAGUCUGGUGUCAGGGGCCGCCAGCCUUGACCCCAAAGCCCUGGGCAAGCUGGGCGGCUGGGCGAUGCUCUUCUUUCUGGUGACAACGCUGAUCGCGUCUACCAUCGGCGUUAUUAUGGCGUUCAUCAUACAGCCUGGCUCCAGCGACGGGCAAAAAAUAUCCAAACUCAACCAAGAUGACACGGUGGUUCUUGAAGCCAAAGAAGUCAUCGAUUCGUUUUUAGACUUGAUAAGAAACAUCUUCCCAUCGAACCUGGUAUCGGCUGCCUUUCAGUCGUAUGCCACUGGUUACAAGAUUAAAAAUAUAACCAGCUCGACCAACUUGACCACCUACACUGUGGAAAAGACUCCAGUUGGCACCGACGUGGAUGGAAUGAACAUCCUGGGUCUCAUCGUUUUUGCGAUGGCGUUUGGUGUGGCCUUGAGGAAACUUGGAGAGGAAGGAGAGAUCCUUAUCAAGUUCUUCAACUCUUUCAAUGAGGCCACCAUGGUGUUGGUCUCCUGGAUCAUGUGGUACGCACCGCUGGGUAUUAUGUUCCUGGUUGCUGCUAAGAUUGUAGAAAUGGAGGAUGUUGGCUUGCUGUUCGCCAGCCUGGGGAAGUACAUCGCCUGCUGCGUCAUUGGCCAUGCCAUCCAUGGUCUCCUCGUCCUCCCACUCAUUUACUUUGUGAUUACACGGAAGAACCCAUACACUUUCUUGCUGGGAUUGGUCACCGCUUUGGCCACUGCCUUUGGAACGUCCUCUAGCUCUGCUACGUUGCCCCUUAUGAUGAAAUGUGUGGAGGAGAACAACGGUGUGUCCAAGCACAUCAGCCGCUUCAUCCUGCCCAUCGGAGCGACCGUCAACAUGGACGGAGCCGCCUGCUUCCAGUGCGUAGCUGCGGUGUUCAUCGCUCAGCUGAAUGGAAUCCCGCUGGACUUCGUCCAGGUCAUCACCAUCCUCGUGACUGCGACGGCGUCUAGCGUGGGUGCUGCUGGGAUCCCUGCUGGAGGGGUGCUGACGCUGGCCAUCAUUCUGGAGUCAAUAGGCCUGCCCACCAACGAUCUGUCCCUCAUCUUGGCUGUGGACUGGCUUGUCGAUCGCACUUGCACCGUCAUCAAUGUUGAAGGUGAUGCCUACGGAGCAGGUCUUCUACAGUAUUUCGUGGAUCGCAAUUCCAGUAAAGAGGGGGCGGAGCUAAAUAAGGUAGGAGUGGAGGAAGAAGACCCCGCCUCCAGGCCAGAAAGUUCUCCGCUCAUUGAAAAACAGGGAAACCUUGAGUUGGAAGAAGUUGCUGGACCGAAACCCUGUGAAAAGGAGUCUGUCAUGUAGACUUGCACAGUAUUUCAACAAACUUUCCUUCCCGACCUGUCUAAUCUCACUAAAUCAAUCUCUGCAUCCACGCAGUGACCAUCGGAGAGAUACAGGUUUAGAUUAAGACAGGACAAAGACUACAUCCUUUUGACCCUCCUCUAUGCCCAGCUCUUUAUGAAAGGAGUCUGCCAAAACGUAUGCACAUUUAGAUGAGAAAAAUGCUUGAACAAUUAUUUAUUAGAUGCUGGUCUGAUAUUUUGGAUUUUUUCUCUUUUUUUAUGUUUGCUUUACUCUUAUAAAACACAAACUCAGUCCGACCUUUUAAAAGAAUCUAUUUAUUACUAUUAUUUUUACACAUGCCCUAAUAGUUCUGAUUAUAUGCUAUUGAGUUGAACCUCAGAACACCUUUUUCAUGCAAACAUCUCCUAUUAAGCCAAAGCAUCCGCAGAAUCUCUCUGCAUCUUUCAAACACACCAAAUACGUUUUUUAUUUAUUUUUUUGUUAAGGUGGCUUUAUGGUCCGUUAUGCUGAAAUACCUCAUUCAUGCUGAUUCCCUUUAUACCACCUCAGGCUCCUCAGAUGUAGGUCCAUCUAACAGGUGCUAAUACCUGCACUAAACUUACUACUAGAGGAGACAAAAAAAGACGUAGGAAGCCUGACUGACAGUCAAGAGACAGCAAUUUACCUUCUGCAUCUUUCUUAAUGCAGUCACUAUUAUAUUUCACAACAGGCUCUCUGAGGUCAAGUUGUAUACUAAGGUCAGAAAGGAAUGCAAGCACAAUGAUAUAAUGGUUCACAUGCAAAGUACGCGUUGUCUUAAAGCUCCAAGGCUGUUUGGGUAAGAGCCUUGAAGCCUGCAGCUGAGGGAGUUCCCUAUGUGCAAGUUAAUAAGCAACUGAGGUCAAGAGCUGUAAACCGAUCCGUUUAAGAAGAAAGCCAUAGAUUAGAGCAUGAAUCCAGACUGGAAAUGACUUUUUAAAAAAAUUUUUUUUUUUUUUAAAUGUAUUUUUUGUGUACAAAAAAAAAAGUAAAAUAUAAGGAAAUGAAGUUAUCAAAUUUGUUUACUUUUUAAAAGCGUACUUCAGAGAUCUUUUUUUUUUGUUUGUUUUUUUUCUAAUGUAUGUUAUUGCAGAAGAGCACAGAUAUAAAAUGUCUGUUAACACCAUUAACUGGUGAAUGUCUAACUGCAACUACUAGUUGAACUGGAUUACUAAUUCUAUUUUUUUUUUUUUUCUUUUUUUUUUUUUAUAACUAUAGAAAUGUCUUAUAAAUGUAUAACCUAAACACACCAGCUGAAGGAAAGUAAUGGACGACAGGGUGAGAGACAAUUGCCGUUGUACUGUAUGUUGACCAAAUGUUUGUCACAGUGAUGAGAAAAAAAAUACUUAAUAACCCAUUUCUGUAGAAAUCUGACUCGCGGUCGAUCAGUAAGAGGUUAAAUUUGACCAAAGAAACGUUUCUCAUUUUUAAUAUUAAUUUAACAACAUAUAGUCUUUAAAUAUGGGGAUUGGUGCUUAUAAUCUGGAUAAUUAACAGUCUCUCAGUUCUGUUCUGUUCUACACUCAAGUUGUAUUUGAAAUCACAGGUGUAUUAUUUCAAAUUUCACAGAUGUUCUGCGUGACUGACAUCACUCCUUUAAAAGCCAGUACUGUAAAGGCUUCUCAUUCCAGGCGGCUGUAGCGUAGCUGCCCUGCUGAUGUGGAUAUGUGUCUGUGUGCGAGUUUAAUGGGUGGUUGUCAUAAAUGGCUGCUUGAAGUCAUCAAUGGAGCCAAAGGGUACUGUUAAGAGAACCAGUGAAUGUACUCCACACGGACUGCAGAAUAAAGUCUUUUUAAAUAAAUCAGCAGUGAUGUUCUCUUUAUUACGAGUUCAAGUUGCUAAAAUGAGGUACACGUUGGGUCCCAGAAGAUUUUGUAAUUAGGAUAACUGAACCACUUGUUUGGUUAUCAUAUUUAUCUAUAUCAUGUUUAUUAUACAGCUCUCUGGUGUACUGACUGGUUAAUUGUGGCCUUCUGUGUUUGGAUAUUUUGUAUAAUGGUUGCUGGUUUCCUUCAUAGAUGUGUUAGCUUUAUGUCACACUAUAUUCAACUCCAAUAUCAGUUUCAUGACUCGAAUUAAGUCAAUGCGUUCAUUUAUUAGGUAAGAGGCCGUUUAAUAAGCAAGCUAAUGUAUAGUCAUGGGUUAUUAUUGCAAAAUACAGCCCUUUAGGGCGAUCCAAGACUACUUGGCUUCACUCGAUAUCAGCUGACUUCUUAUCUUUCCUUGAUUUCAGUUUGUUGAGUCCCGAAGACUUAAAAUGUGUAACUGUAAACAAAAGCAACAUUUUUAAGGCAGCUUUGAAGUUUUGCCUAGUAAUGAUGCUGUACAAACUGGGUAGCAUAUCAUUAACCAAGCUCAGCAUGAAGACUUUAUGGCUUAUUGCACCACCUUGUGGUCAUUUUACUGUAAUAUUUGCAAUAAAAACUCUUGAAGUAA